CCGAAAUCACGCAUCUUUUAGCCGUUAAUGCGCUCUUUUCGAGUUUUUGAUGCGAUUUCAUUUGGCUAAGCAAUAUAAACGUGGAAAAUGUCUCAUUUUGUAGCGAAAUGAACGUUCUAUCUAAUGGUAUGUUUAAAGAAAUUUUUGGUGUACGUUGCAGUUGGUAGGUCUUCUGAAAAUUUCAAAGACCUAUAUCUCAGAAACCGGAGGUAAAGUAUUGGGAUCUUAGUUGAUUCAUGUGUUUCAAAAUGUGUAGAGUCCGAAAAUGUGCAUUAGGGUCAACAAAAAUAGGAAAACGUAGUUAAAAAUAGCUUGGAGACCAUCAAAAACAAACAGAUGCCGUAAUGCUUGUGAAAUGGCUCUCAGCAGACUUAUAGGAGCAAUGUGGGCAAUUAAAAACUACAUUUCUAGAUAGAACUAACGGCGAGGAAUCUGACACACAUAUUACUUUUGAGUUUGAAGAUUUGAUGGUGAAAAACGCAUCUCAAUACGGUGAACUAUCAUGAUUUUGAUCAACUUAGGACAAGUGCAGUAGAGCAGUGAAGCAUUUUGAAAUGUUUUUAAAUGAGCCAUUUUAUUCCUUGUUGUCUCUAGUCUAUAUCCUAAAGCUUUCAGGUUUGUCGCUUUUGUCAUUUCUGAGAAUAAUUAGCUAUGAAUUGCGUCUUGAAACCUAUAAAAUACCCAAAUGUCGGACUACUGUAUUCCAGUGGCCAUUAGAAGUCCAGAAACGAAAUUUUUACCAUAAAUAAAGCUUCAUUUUAGUAAAAAGAAACAUUCUCAUCUCUCUUGGAGCAGAAGUUAUUAACACUUUAUAGGAAAAAAAUAUCUGUGGAACCAUCCAAUCAAAGAGGCUCAAACUUGUUGGAUGAUCUGCAGUCAGUGAGACAUAUGACCACAUAAAACUAGUAGUCACCAACUAUCAUGGGUUUUGGGUUACAUGAGUGAUUACCUGCUUUAGUGGAGUGCUGUAGUUCACACGUUUCUCGCUAAUUUAUAAUCUGUACCGGUUUAAUUUUGAUUUGAAAUUUUAGGCCCUCAUCAACAAAGUAAGUUUUUCUUCUCAGACACAGUUAAUUAUUGGAUUGUGCCUUUAGUUUUUAUUUGAUAACUGCUUUAAAAAGUGUUCAUCGUUGUAUCAAUUUGCUUGUGUAAUGAAGUAGUAGAGUGAGUGAGCCAGGAAUGAACAUGGAAAUUCAUUUUUUGAUUGAGAACAACAUAUUGGUUUUUUCAAAAAUCAAAAAGUUUUUGGUUGUUUUAUCGCGCAAAAUGUUAGAUCAAACUAUAAGUGAAACGGUUUUAAUUUAGUCUAAUCGUGCCUUCGUCACUAACAUAAUCUCAGAUUUAAACUAUUGAACAUCCUUGAGAUAUAUUGUUGUAGUAUUAACAAUUGAAAAUGCAUUUAUUUGUAUGUUUUUUCGCUCGUUUGUUGCUGAUGCACACGUUUACACCUGAAAAUAUUGUGUUGAAGAAUAUAAUAAUCAUUCAUUUUAUUCAGAUGUUGGUGAAUAUGAAGAUCGUCGAUAUAGUGGUAUUGAUUAUCCAUCUCAAUCUGAAAUAUCUCGAUCAUAUUUGUCAUCCUCGACGCCAUUAUACCAAAAUGCUUAUGGUUUAAGUCGUAGCGUUACGUUAUCAGACCGCAAUAAACAUGAUGAACGAAGAACGUCAGCGGAAUAUAGACAAAAUUUCGCAACAAUAGCGCAUAAACGUGAGAUGGAUAUGGAGGAACAACAACAAGAUCAGUAUCCGAAAGAUCAACCUCAUCAACGACGACUAAGUAACGGUUCAGAUCGAGGACAACAAGAAGGUGUAAAUCGUGAUAUUCUCUCUCAUAAACGACCAUAUGCCCCUACAACAAUCUCUGAUAUUCAUCUAAAUGAUAUUAUUAAAUUCUCUAGACCGGGUGGAAAAAUCAGUAAAGGUGUUGUGAGAUAUAUCGGAAGCUUACCAGGAAAAAAUGAUCAAUACCUUGGACUGGAAUUAGAAGAUGAAGAAAGUAAACAUGAUGGAGUUUAUCAAGGUCAGCGAUUAUUUCAGUGUAAAACAAAUAAAGGUGUAUUUGUCGGCUUCAGUAAAGUUAUUAUGGCAUGGGGAAGUCGAUGA